AUCUCCUGGGAAGCACCUGUGGAGAAGAAAGCUGAGUGUGAAGGGCAGUCCCCCCAGACCGACUGCUUCAACUACGUGCGCUUCCUGCAGAGCUACAACAGCUCCCACCUCUAUGCCUGUGGCACCUAUGCCUUCCAGCCCAAGUGCACCUACAUCGAGCUGUCUGGCUUCACCCUGGACCAAGUGGCAUUUGAGGACGGCAAGGGGAAGUGUCCCUACGACCCCACCAAGGGACACACUGGCCUGAUCGUGGAUGGAGAACUGUACUCUGCCACCUUCAACAACUUCCUGGGCACGGAGCCCGUCAUCCUGCGCAACCUGGGCCCGCACUACUCCAUGAAGACGGAGUAUCUCACCUCCUGGCUGAACGAGCCCCACUUCGUGGCCUCGGCGUACGUGCAGGAGAGCGCGGCCAGCAGCACCGGCGACGACGACAAGGUCUACUUCUUCUUCAGCGAGCGCGCGGUGGAGUACGACUGCUACGCCGAGCAGGUGGUGGCCCGUGUGGCACGGGUCUGCAAGGGGGACGUCGGUGGCGCUCGCACGCUGCAGAAGAAGUGGACCACGUUCCUCAAGGCUCGUUUGGUGUGCUCAGCACCAGAGCAGCAGCUCCACUUCAACCGUCUCCAGGCUGUCUUCACCCUGCCCGGGGCUGAGUGGCAGGAAACCACUUUCUUCGGGGUGUUCCAGGCUCGGUGGGGGGACGUGGACGUCUCGGCCAUCUGUCGGUACCACAUCCUGGAGGUGAAGAAGGCGUUCGAGGGGCCCUACAAGGAGUACAGGGAGCAGGCACAGAGGUGGGGCAGGUACUCAGAUGAGGUGCCAAGCCCCCGGCCCGGAGCGUGCAUCACCGACUGGCACCGUCAGAACGGCUUUGCCAGCUCCCUGGAGCUGCCUGACAACACCCUGAACUUCGCCAAGAAGCACCCACUGAUGGACGAGCCCAUCCUGCCGCAGCGUGGGCGCCCACUGCUCCUCAAGAAGGAUGCCAACUUCACCCAGCUGGUGGUGGAUCGCGUGGCCGGGCUGGAUGGUGCCGUCUACGAGGUUCUCUUCAUUGGCACAGGUGACGGGUGGGUGCACAAGGCACUGAAUCUGGGCACUCGCAUCCACCUGGUGGAGGAGCUGCAGGUGUUUGAGCCAGCACAGCCCGUGGAGAGCCUGGUCCUGGCGGGACGGAAG